AAUCGCUUUAUCAUUAACAAGGAUCUCACAAAAGUGAUUAGAAACUCCUUGACUUUUGUGGUUAUUAUCACUCAACUUAAUGAACUGAUAAACGAUAAAUAAAACAUCGUCUUAUAAAAUGUGAAUUGUAAGUAUUAAGAAUUGACUGCCGUCUCCUUUACAUAGCACUAAUAUGUCGUUUGUAUCAUCAUCAUUACGAUUAUUUGAUCCUGUAAAAUUGAAGAGCAUACAUUCAAUUUUUUUUAACACGGUAAGACACAAAUGGAAUUUUACACACUUAGAAUUGCCAGAUCGCAUGUCUAGAAGCUUCAGGCGAGAAAUUGAAUGGCCUGAAAAAUAUACUAUUAAACCAUUGAAUAACAGACAUUUAGCUGGGAGAGAUCCUGUCUCUGGUCGUGUUGUUGUCAAAGGCUUGGGUGGUGGUAUUAAACAAAAAUACCAUUGGGUAAAUUUAAAGCGAUUUGGACCAACUGGUGAACAUGAUCCUCCAAGAAUUGAUCGUGUUCUUGAAAUAUUGGAUUGUGGUUGUCGAACAUCCAAAGUAGCAUUAGUCGGUUGUGGAACAGAAUUAAAGUAUAUAAUUGCAACUGUAAACAUGAAACCAGGAGACUUAUUAGUCACGUCUGGGUAUAUACCUCGUAUUCCAGUUAACCCAAAUGAAGGAGAUGCCUAUCCACUUGGUGCAUUAUCUAAAGGCACAAAAGUACACUGCAUUGAAAAAAUACCAGGUAAAGGUGCUCAUUAUAUAAUGACAGCUGGAUCUACAGCCACUAUACUAAGACAAGUAGAUGAUAGAGUUAUAAUUCAACUGCCAACAAAAUUGCAAGUAUCACUUUCCAAAUAUUGUAUGGCAUCAAUUGGACAAAUAUCCAAUGCAAAUCACUUUAAGGAACAUAUCGGCAGUCCAAACCGUAAUCGUGAAUUAGGUAAUCGUCCUCGAUCUGGAUUAUGGCAAAGAAAAACAGGUCGUUUUGGUCGUAAAAUUAAACCACCUCCACCACUAAAAAUCAUCACUGAAAAAGCUCCGAAGAAAUUUGAAAAAAUUAAUUUAGAAUUAGGAUGUUUGUUUUAAAACAUUAUUGAUCAAUACAUGAAUACAUUUCAAAGUGACAUAUUAGAAAUUCAUAAAACAAAUAAAAUUUAUAUUAUUUUA